AUGGAAGCGGAGGACGAGGUGUCCCUCCGGGAGCAGCAUUUCCACAGCCAAGUGCGGGAGUCCACGAUAUGUUUUCUUCUGUUUGCUGUUCUCUACAUUGUUUCAUACUUCAUCAUCACAAGGUACAAGAGGAAAUCAGAUGAACAGGAAGAUGAAGAUGCCAUAGUCAACAGAAUUUCGCUAUUUUUGAGCACCUUCACGUUAGCUGUUUCAGCUGGUGCUGUUUUGCUUCUUCCUUUCUCAAUAAUCAGCAAUGAAAUCCUCCUUUCUUUUCCACAAAACUACUAUAUUCAGUGGUUAAAUGGCUCCUUGAUUCAUGGUUUGUGGAAUCUUGCUUCUCUUUUUUCCAACCUUUGUUUGUUUGUGUUGAUGCCUUUUGCCUUUUUCUUUCUGGAAUCAGAGGGUUUUGCUGGGCUGAAGAAGGGAAUCAGAGCACGAAUUUUGGAAACUGUUGUUAUGCUGAUUCUUCUCGCACUGCUUAUUCUUGGAAUAGUAUGGGUGGCGUCUGCUCUCAUUGACAAUGAUGCUGCCAGUAUGGAAUCUUUAUAUGAUCUCUGGGAAUUCUACCUACCUUAUUUAUAUUCCUGUAUAUCAUUAAUGGGAUGUUUAUUACUUCUUUUAUGCACACCAGUUGGACUUUCACGAAUGUUUACAGUCAUGGGUCAGCUGUUGGUGAAACCAACAAUUCUUGAAGACUUGGAUGAACAAAUUUAUAUUAUUACACUUGAGGAAGAAGCACUUCAGAGGAGACUAAAUGGGUUAUCUUCAUCAGUGGAAUAUAAUACAGUGGAACUGGAAAAAGAACUUGACAAUGUGAAGGCAAUGAAGUCAAAAUUAGAGAGACGAAAAAAGGCUUCAGCAUGGGAACGGAAUUUGGUGUAUCCUGCUGUGAUGGUCCUUCUUCUUAUCGAAACAUCCAUUUCAGUCCUGCUGGUUGCCUGCAACAUUCUUUGCCUCUUGGUUGAUGAAACUGCAAUGCCAAAGGGAUCAAGGGGACCUGGCAUAGGAAAUGCUUCCCUUUCUACUUUUGGUUUUGUGGGAGCAGCACUUGAAAUAAUUUUGAUUUUUUACCUUAUGGUGUCCUCCGUUGUCGGCUUCUACAGCCUCCGCUUUUUUGGGAGCUUUACUCCCAGGAAGGAUGACACGACAAUGACAAAGAUAAUUGGAAAUUGUGUUUCAAUCUUGGUCUUGAGUUCUGCACUACCUGUGAUGUCAAGAACCUUGGGAAUUACAAGGUUUGAUCUUCUUGGAGAUUUUGGAAGAUUUAAUUGGCUGGGGAAUUUCUACAUUGUAUUAUCCUACAAUUUGCUGUUUGCUAUUGUGACGACUUUGUGUCUAGUCAGAAAGUUCACCUCUGCUGUACGAGAAGAACUUUUCAAGGCCUUAGGUCUUCACAAACUUCAACUCUCAAACAAUGCAAGAGACUCAGAAACAACCAAAUCUUCUGCAAAUGGGCAUCAGAAAUCACUGUGAGAGACACAAUCAAUAAUCUUUUACAGUUAGAAGAACUGAAAAUUCCGACCUCAUGACAUUCCUGUCACUGUCAUCAGAGUAUUUUUUGUACUAAUUUUUGGUUCAUAUUUUGAGCUCCAGCUUGUAAAUGUCAUUUUCCACACUGUACUUGUGAGAACCUGGUUACUUCAGAUUCUACUUUUUCUAGUCUGACUUUUUGAUCUACUCUGUACUUACACGUUAUACAGAUUCCUUGAAGACUGGAACCUGAGAAGAACAUGGGAUUCCUUUUCUGCAGACAGAGUAUGUUGCAUCAAUAGAUGUAACAUCCUUAUUACUGUAUUUAGGAAAAUUCUGUCUUCGCCUAAUAUAAAAAUGUACUUAAAAACAGGUUUUGAGAUACUUAACAGAUUCAUUUAAAGUCCGUCAUAAACUGGACCAAAAGUUGUAUAAACAUUAAUAGGUGUUCUUGAAAGUAAGUGAAGCUCUCACCCAAAAUGCAGUUUUUAAAUGCUUGUGAAUGUCAGUUAUUGUAAUGUAAACUACAUUAGAACUAGCGAUUAGCAUUCCAGAUUAAUAUUUGGAAAUGACUUUUUAAAGUUUUCUAUAGGUUUAGUUUUAAAUAAUAGAAGCUUUAGCUUCUGGUGAUUGUUACAGACUAUGUGGAUCAGCUGAUGAGCCCAAGGGACAAAUACUAACUUCCUUCUUAAACCUGAGCCUGGUAUAUUUGUUAGAGAGCCGAAGAAAUGUCUUAUGUUUUGCAUUAGAGUAAGCUAUGGUAAGAAGUAUUAUGUAGUCACAUUCGCUCUAUAAAAUUGUGUCUAUUCUAUUCAACAUUACCUCCCAUAAUAGUGGCCAGUGUGGAAAUCCCACUUGUCAUUUCGAUUUUACCCUAUAGGCACAAAGUAACCAUGGCUUUCUUGGCCUUUAGGUAAGGUAAAAUCAUUUUCCUGUUCUUAUAUGACCUGACAACUGAUCAAAAUAUAAGUACUUGGUGAAAUAAGCUGCUUAUAUCACUGAGGUUUUUAGUCCUUAAGUUACUGUUUCAUAUACUAAUAACUUAAAUGUCAGGCUUAUAAAAAUUUAAAUCUGGCAUCCACAAUCCAUACAGAAAUAGACUUGACAUAAGAAAAGUUUUGCAGUGCAGUGUGAUCUAAGUAAUAAUUUUUUAAAUUAUCUAUUUCUAUCAGAUGAUUUUGCUGACUCUAAUGCCACUGACUAAAAAAUAGAAAAUCUUAUUCAACAUUAUCACAUGUGGGUAAAAUGCCUAGAAUUCUGCAUGUAAAAUGUAUAAUAUGGACACAUUUGCACACAAUUCAUAUGUAUGCAAUUUAUAUUUACACACAUGCACUAUGUGUAUGGGAAUAGAUUGUCUGUGUUCAGACAAGGUUACUAAAAUGUUUGUUUUUCACAUUGCUGAAUUUAAGGAAGUGUGUGUGAGUGGUUAUGUGUGUGUGUGUGUGUGUUUAUUUCCAUAAAACUGGAAUGUGUAUAUUUGGCAUUUAAAACUUUGCUUUUAUUUAGAACCCAGUGAUGAGGAAAUGACAUUAACUCUGUAAGACUCUUCUGUUCCAUGCAGCCUGCUAUUGCUCUGUUUUUGCUUCCGUUCAGAGAGAUCCAGGGCCUGUCAAAGAUACAAUAUAGGCUUUUUGAAAAAAGAAAGAAUGCUGUUUCUGAACACCAUAAGAAUCCAGGACUAGUGAAUUUCUAGAAGCAGUCUCAUUUGAAUGGAAAUAGCACCCCAAAUAUUAAGUACAUAGAUAAUUAAUAAAGAUCAGCUGCCUUGCUACUGCUUUCCUAUUUCACUAUUAAUAAUAAUUUAAGCAUCAUUUAUGUGCAGUACAUUGUAUAGGAGAUUGGAUUACAGUCCCUGCCUAAAGGAUUUAUGAACUGGAAUUAAAGAUAAGAUCAGAUUAAGGCUAUAAGAGGGAAAUAGACUCAGAAGCCUAGAUGAUUAUGUUGCCAGGUCAUUAGAAGUGUCUGUAUGGCAUUUUAGAUUUGCAUUGUACACCCAAGGGAAGAGUUCUGGGAUAUGGGCUUGCUGUCAAAAUAGUGGUGAGUAAAUUAUCUUUUCAAAAAUUGUGUCUAUUUGUUAAACUUUUGGAAUGUAUGGAGAUUUUUAUUUCCAGAACUGAUAUGAGCAAGAAGCAAGUGAUACACAGUAUGCAAAGAUAAAUUUUUCUUUGUUAUUUUAAUCUUAUUUUUUAAUUCUUCUCAGAAGUGAUGAUGGUGAUUGUGAUGAGGACAAAUCAUUAAAUGAUUCACACCGUACUACAUAAUCACAAUAGAUUUAGAUCCUAAAAACAACCACUAUAUUUCUGAUAACUUCUUUUUCAAAUUGCUUCUGAGACAUUUGCUUUCAAAGCUCAUCUACUUGAGCCCUUCCCUAUCCCCCACGUAAUUUUUUUUUUUGCACUGAAGGUCCAUGACAGGAUGGAUAACUAAACAGCAUUUGGUUCUGUUACUCCUAGAGUCUCCAUCACAGUGUUCUUUUUUUUUUCCUGUUGUCUGUUAGUGGAAGAGGAGAGGUAUUGCUACAGAAAAGUGGCCCAAAUGUUAAUAAUUACUUCCAUUUCCAUUUAGAUAGGCAUUGAUAUGAGACUAUACUAAAUCUAGUGAUUGCUUUAUCAAGCCUGCUUACAUCCCCAUAUCUGUUUAAUGGAAUGUUAAAAGCUCUAGUCACAAAGAUUUCCUGGAUUCGCACACUUAAGUGGGAGAAAGAUACCUUAAAUAGCACUGAGAGGAGGCAGUGUGAUAUGCUAGAUCAGUAUUAAUUGGUUCUUCACUAUUUUUAAUAAAUCGCUUAAGGCAUUUGAACCGAUUUCUGCUGCUCUGUCAUAUUACCCAAGUUUGAAAUCCACUUAGCAGCUUAAUGUACAUUCUGUAUACAAAUAAACUUUUCUACCUACAAAACUCUCUUUAGAGCUAAGUGUGAAAGCAAUUCAUGUCUGUUUCAUUAAAACACCCUUUGAACUGCCAUAAAUUACUGCUGGUGUUUUGACUCUUGAGCUGCAUUAAAGGUGCUUCUCUAGCUGAUCUUGGUGACAUCAACAUCUGCCUCGUUUGUUGGGAGUGGUACAUAGCCUUCUUUCUCUCUUGCCUUAGUGUCGGUGAACCAUUAACUAUGACCAAAAUGGUAGGUGGGUUUUCGUUGUUGUGAGCACGAUGGCAGGGUUCUUGUAAUAUGAUCUUUUGCGUUUUGUUUUCUUUGAAAAAUAUAAGUACAUCUACAGUAUUGACUUUUUAAACUUUUAAACUAAAAUCACGCUGUUGUGAUGUUACUUUACAAAUUUUUGAACUCUGGUAAAUGAUUCUUGUUUAUAGAUUGUACUGUGAUGUUUUAUCUUUUGGUCAUGUUUGUUCCUCUGAGAUACUUUUGAGUGUGAUUGUUUUAAAAUGUCUUAGAAAUUAAAGAGUUUUACAAAAA